ACAGGUGAAAGCAGCUGGCAGUGAGGAGCUGCUUGUUCGCAGGCCUUUAGGGGGAGUGUUGAGACGCGUGGAGACCGAGACUGGCACCGCGUCUGUGUGAAGGGGGAGAGGCUGGGAAACGACGGGAGCACAAGCGAGGCAGAGCUUCACCGUCUGUGGCCCUCAGUCCCCUCGUCCUCGAUGCCCGCAAAAGACACAUCGACCUACCGAUAACAAGGACGCGGAGCGACCGGAGGACCGCGCGCGCUCGAGACGGCACCGCUGUAGCGCCCGAACUGGAGAGAUGUCCACGAUCCAGACAUUAUGAAGAUACAGUAGAACAAAGUAUCAGAUCUUCAGAUCCAUCAGGCCACUCUUCAGUAACUAAACGAAACUGGACUCCCUGAUCAUCAUCACUCACUUAUCAGAACUCUACAUUUUUGCUUUCGCCCAUCCACCGCUCUAAAUGAGUGUCUCAGACAGCAAGAUCAGGGCUGGGGUGCACACCAGAACCCACACAGAAUGUCCUGGAUCAACGGCUUCCUAGUAGCCAGAGUGGAUGACCGUAAGGCCGCGUGGGGCGAGCGCAAUGGCAAGAAGUCCAAGCGCAAGGUUGGCUCCUCUCUCUGCAACCCACGCUACAUGAGCUGCCUGCGGGACAUGGAAGCCAUGGAGCCUCCUCCCCAGCCGUCCCACGCUCAGGCUACCCGGUCAGGAGGAGGAGGUACGGGCGGGGGCAACUUCGGUGUGCGCUGCGGAUGGCAGGAAGACCACUAUGGGAAAGUGGGGGGUGGGGGGGAGGGGGUGGGGCUUAAAUCUGUGGACCUGGGUUUCGAGGAUGGCGAGGUCAAGGGGAGGAAAGGGUGUGGCUUGGGUUGUGACGGCUCCAGCGAUGACACGGCCAGCGGCGCUGGCUCGGUGACGACGGCGGACUGCUGGCAGCGGGUGGUUCGGGUGUUCCAAUCUAAGAAGUUCCAGUCACGCAAACUGGAGCGUCUCUACCAGCGCUACUUCUUUAGGCUCAACCAGAGCUCACUCACGAUGCUGAUGGGCGUCUUGGUGAUCGUUUGUGGGGUCAUGCUCACCUUCCACUGCAUCCACAGACAGCCCGAAGUGGUCUACCCCUCCGUGUUCUCUGUGGCCAUGGCCUUGUUCUUGGUGCUAAUGGUGGUGUGCAACCGAAACGGGUUCCACCAGGACUACAUGUGGAUGGUCAGCUACCUUGUGAUUGGAGUGCUAAUCGUGGUGCAGGUGUUCGGGGUGCUGAUGGUGGCCCCUCGCAGCGCCUCCGAGGGGAUCUGGUGGUCCGUGUUCUUCAUCUACAUCAUCUACACGCUGCUGCCCGUGCGGAUGAGGGCGGCAGUGCUCAGCGGAGGAGUGCUCUCUUCCAUACACCUCCUCACCACGUGGAGGAUUAAUCAGGAUGAUGAAUUCCUCUGGAAACAGCUGAGCGCAAACGUGCUGAUCUUCCUGUGCACCAACAUCAUUGGGAUCUGCACCCACUACCCAGCAGAGGUCUCUCAGAGGCAAGCCUUUCAGGAGACGCGAGGCUACAUCCAGGCCCGACUGCACCUGCAAAGAGAAAACCAGCAGCAGGAACGCCUGUUGCUGUCUGUUUUGCCAAGGCAUGUCGCCAUGGAAAUGAAGGCUGACAUCAACGCUAAAAAAGAAGACAUGAUGUUUCACAAGAUCUACAUCCAGAAGCACGACAAUGUCAGUAUUUUGUUUGCAGACAUCGAGGGUUUCACUAGUCUGGCGUCGCAGUGCACCGCUCAGGAGCUGGUUAUGACUCUGAACGAGCUGUUUGCACGCUUUGACAAGCUGGCUUCGGAGAACCACUGCUUACGGAUCAAGAUCCUGGGGGAUUGUUACUACUGCGUGUCAGGGUUACCUGAGCCCAGAGCGGACCACGCUCACUGCUGCGUGGAAAUGGGGGUGGACAUGAUUGAAGCCAUUUCAUUGGUGCGAGAGGUCACAGGGGUCAAUGUGAACAUGCGGGUGGGGAUCCACAGUGGUCGCGUGCACUGUGGAGUUCUUGGAUUGAGAAAGUGGCAAUUCGACGUGUGGUCCAAUGACGUAACGCUGGCCAACCACAUGGAGGCUGGAGGCAAAGCCGGGAGGAUCCAUAUCACUAAAGCUACUCUGCAGUACCUGAAUGGAGACUAUGAGGUGGAGCCAGGUUUUGGAGGGGAGAGAAACGCCUACCUGAAAGAGAACAGCAUUGAGACCUUCCUAGUGUUGGGCUGCAGUCAGAAGCGGAAAGAGGAGAAGGCCAUGAUGGCUAAGAUGCAGCGCACGCGGACCAACUCUAACGAGGGUCUGGUACCGCGAUGGGUGCCUGACAGAUCCUUCUCCAGGACGAAAGACUCCAAAGUCUUCAGACAGAUGGGCAUUGAUGAAACAUCCAGCAAAGACAACCGUGGUGCUCAGGAGGCGCUGAACCCUGAGGACGAGGUGGACGAGUUUUUGGGCCGUGCCAUUGAUGCUCGCAGUAUCGACCAGCUCCGCAAAGACCACGUGAAGAAGUUCCUCCUCACCUUCCAAACCUCCAGCCUGGAGAAGAAGUAUGAUAAGAAGGUAGACGAUCGUUUUGGUGGUUAUGUGGCUUGUACUCUGCUGGUCUUCUGUUUCAUCUCUUUUAUCCAGAUCAUCAUAUUCCCUCAUACUCUGGUCAUGCUGGGAAUAUACAUCAGUAUCUUCAUCAUUCUUGCCAACAUCCUCUUCAUCUGUGCCAUUUACUCCUGCGUGAAGCUCUUCCCUGCUGCUAUGCAGACUGUGUCCAAGAAGAUUGUUCAGUCUCGCACCAACAGCACACUGGUGGGAGUUUUCACCAUCAUCCUCGUCUUCAUCUCUGCCUUUGUCAAUAUGUUUUCCUGUGAUACACAGAAGCUUGUGGACUGUGUAGCAGAGCGGUUUAACUGGUCAUCACAGAUGGUGACUCCCUGUGUCAUUUACAACUUGUCUCGCCCUGCACCCGUCAGCCUGAAUAUCCCUGCACCCGUCAGCCUGAAUAUCUGUCCCAGCGACACUCCCUCCUGCCCCUUCCCAGAGUAUUUCAGCUACAGCGUGCUGCUGACUCUGUUGGCCUGCUCAGUGUUCCUGCAGAUCAGUAGUAUAGGGAAGCUGGCUUUAAUGCUGCUCAUCCAGCUCACUUUCCUCCUGCUUGUGGAGUGGCCAGAGGUGGCGCUGUUUGACAACGCAGACCUCUUCGUCACUGCCAAUGCCCUGCCCAGUUUCAAUACAACUUCUGAGCAGUGUGAAUUCGAGGUGACUAAAGUGUCCCUAAAGGUCAUGACCCCAGUGAUCCUCACUAUAUUUGUACUAGCACUGUACCUACAUGCCCAGCAAGUGGAGUCAACGGCUCGUCUAGACUUCCUUUGGAAACUUCAGGCCACAGAAGAAAAGGAGGAGAUGGAGGAACUUCAAGCCUACAACCGCCGGCUCCUCCACAACAUCCUGCCCAAAGAUGUGGCCGCCCACUUUCUAGCCAUCGAGAGGAGGAAUGACGAGCUGUACUACCAAUCAUGUGAGUGUGUGGCCGUCAUGUUCGCCUCCAUCAGCAACUUUUCCGAGUUCUACGUGGAGCUGGAGGCCAACAACGAGGGAGUGGAGUGUCUGAGGCUCCUCAAUGAGAUCAUCGCUGAUUUUGAUGAGAUCAUCAGUGAGGAGAAAUAUAGGCAGCUGGAGAAAAUAAAGACCAUUGGCAGCACCUACAUGGCCGCAUCCGGCCUCAAUGACUCCACCUAUGACAAGGAAGGCCGCUCGCAUAUAACCGCCCUGGCUGACUAUGCCAUGCACCUCCGUGAACAGAUGAAAUACAUCAAUGAGCAUUCCUUCAACAACUUCCAGAUGAAGAUCGGACUGAACAUUGGGCCAGUGGUCGCAGGAGUUAUUGGCGCCAGAAAGCCCCAGUAUGAUAUCUGGGGAAACACAGUAAACGUGGCCAGUCGGAUGGACAGUACAGGGGUCCCAGACCGUAUUCAGGUGACCACAGACCUGCACCAGGUGUUGGCCAGUAAAGGUUACCAGCUGGAGUGUCGAGGGGUCGUGAAGGUGAAAGGCACAAGGGUGAGAUGA